CUCCCCUCCCUCACCAUCGAAACCAUCGUCCGAUUCCCAUAAACCCUAACCAUCUCUCUUAUCCCCUCUCUUUCUCUCUCUCACUCUCGUUCUCUGUUCAACAACUGCUCCAAGUAUGGCUGAUCUCUCCAAGCUCUCUUGCUUCCUCCUCCUCGCCUGCCUCGUGGCGGCCUCGUCGCCGGUGGCUCGCGCAGCGAUCACGUGCUCGCAGGUCACCAGCAGCUUGGCCCCCUGCCUCGGCUACCUGAUGGGUGGCGGCGCCCUGUCCGGCCCCUGCUGCUCCGGCGUCCAGUCCCUCAACGGGGCGGCCCGGACCACCCCGGACCGCCAGGCCACCUGCCGGUGCCUGCAGUCGGCUGCCGGGAGCAUGCCGGGGGUCAACCUUAACCUGGCCGCUGGCCUCCCCGGGAAGUGCGGCGUCAACGUGCCCUACAAGAUCAGCCCCUCCACCAACUGCAACUCCGUGAAGUGAGAAGCUUAUGAGCUCGGGUCGAGGCUGACGAUGGUGUAGCGACGUGAAGGUGAUAAUAAGAGGGACGCGGAUGGGUCGUUCUAGGGUUUUUGUUGUUGCAUGGCGUGCUUGGUUUUUGUGUAGGGUCGUUCUAGGUUUUUGUCGUUGCGUAUGGAAUGUCUCGUGUGGGUUUUUGGUCUGCGACCAUGUUGUCAUAUUAUGCGCCUUCGGCCUCUGAAAUUAUAUCCUGACUUGGUGUUUUUCCUUUCUCAUUUUCCUCUGAACCACCACUACGCAAAGUGAAGAUUUGAACUCUUUUCAA